AUGACCAUCGAAACACAAAUUGCAGAGCCCCAGUAUGUAAAAUAUAUAGUAGAUGAGGAACAGGAUAAGCUGCCAGAUGAAGACCAGGCCCAGUACAGUAUCCAUACUGUACCUGCCCCGGUUCUAGGUCCCGCAGCACUAAGAAAGAGAAAAUGUCGCAAGUACAUUGUGGCGAUUAUCAUCAGUUUGCUUCUCCUUCUGCUCAUUGCUGGGGUCCUCCUCGGCUACUUUCUGUCUGGCUGCACGUAUGGGGUGAGCUGUGGAGAUGGUCGCUGUAUUAAGAAGUGGCAGUGGUGUGAUGGAGUGAAAGACUGCUCUAACGGACAGGAUGAAGCGCAAUGCGUUCGACUCUAUGGGUCCGAAUUCCUUCUGCAAACAUAUUCUGCUGAAAGUGAGUCCUGGAAUAACGUCUGCUCCAGUGGCUGGAAUGAUGAACUGGGCAGGAGGACAUGCCAACAGUGGGGUUACAGCUGUGGUUCCAGACCUCAUGUGAAUGACACACAGGCUACUGGGGGUGAGAAGACUGUGGCUGGUGCUUGGCCGUGGCAGGUUAGCCUUCGUUACAAAAAUCGGCAUGUCUGUGGAGGGUCCCUCAUCAGCCCUGAGUGGAUAUUAACUGCAGCAAAUUGUUUCACUGGUUACAAUGAGCUGGAUUCCUGGAGGGUUGUCGCUGGUACCACGACUAUUGAAUCUUUUGGUCUCCUUUUGAUCUCUCCCGAGAGCUAUCCAGUGUCUCGCAUCCUUAUUCACCCCAGAUUCAACCCUCACAAUGAUAUUGCCCUGGUGAAGGUGGUGGGGUUGCCCGAGAAACCAGCGUAUUUUCAAACCCAAACCCUGUUUGAGGCGGAGGUGACUUGGUUUGACCAGACUACUUGUAACAGCUCAGCGGUUUAUAAUGGCAAAAUCAGGGACAGCAUGAUUUGCAUCAGCAAAGCGGAGGGAGGUCCCAGCUCCUGUAAAGGUGACUUGGGGGGACCACUGGUGAUGGAGGAGGACUCAGUGUGGUGGCUUGUUGGAGUCUCAAGCUGGAGGGACUGUAGCCAGGGAAACAGUCCUGGGGUCUACACCAACACCUCCUUCUACCUGGACUGGAUCUACGAACAAAUGAAGGUAGAUCACUGA